GUUGGGUGGCAUCCAAAUUUGAUGAACAAAUAAACAAACAAAAUGGCAUCAAAUUAAAUUCUAAGCUAAGAAAAUAGAGGAGCAGACCUUUUAACAGUAUUUCAUUCAAGUGUUCUAUAAUCUAACCACUUGGAAGACAAUUACUGAAUUCUGACAGCCCAUUGCAGUGUGCCUUAUGCCAAAGACUAUUGUCAUCUUAGUGACCAUGUUCAUCAUUACGUAUGCAUAUGAAAAAGCAAACACUUUUUCUUCAGGAUUACCCUAAUAGCAUUAAGAGAUUAUUUUUAAAUUUUCAUUGGAAGAAAAUGCACUUAAAUGAGAUUACUUAUUACUUGACUGGUUUCCUAUCAUGCUGUUUUGUUUAGGUAAAUGAAGUCCACAGGAGUAUUAUUUAAAAACAAAACUGCCACCAACCAAGCCCUGAUUUUAUACAUUAAUGAUUUCAAAUAAAAGAGAAGUGUUAUACUUGUGCAUUGGUGCUUUUGAAAAAGUUAAGUCUGAUACUCUGGUUACAGGAGAUAACACUUUUUGUUCUUCUUGGUGCACUCCCUCCUCCAUUAGUUGCUAAUUACUUGGAAACAAAUAAACAAUUAACUCCUCUUGCCUCUUGGUGGGAGAAUCUUCAUUGACAUGCUAAAACUUUCUAAUAAAAGAUUUUAAUUAAUGACGUGGCAAAUCCAACCCCCUUGUUGCCAAAGCUAUAAGAAAAGACCUGUAAGUAAAAGCUGAAUUAUGGUGUGGGGAGGCUGGCAAAAGAAUGGCAGGCAGAUCCUUGUAUGCUCAUAAUGCGGCUUCGUCUUAUAAUAAUCAGAAUAAAUCCAGUCUUGGGGAAGGCAAAAACACUUCCUUUUCAUUUUCCAUUGAAAAUAUUUUGGGAUUAGAGCAGGAAAAAGAUGGCACUCCAGCUGCAAAACCCCACAGGCCAUGGGUGGAAAAAUGCAGUGAUUUAGGAGAAGAUUGUUUGCCCUGCCUACAUCUCUCUUCAAUAUGCUGUGCACUCCCUUUGUAUAAUACAAGCAACUGCCGAAAAGCUGAAGAAAGAGUUUUGAAAUGUGAAAACUAUUUCGCAGUCAAUGAAAGAUUUUCUUACAAAAGGGACUUGAGUUGGUACAGAGGUAGGAGGCCAAGGACUGCAUUCACUCAAAUCCAGAUAGAAAUACUGGAAAAUGUUUUUAGAGUGAACUCUUACCCUGGAAUUGAUGUUAGAGAAGAGCUGGCUCAAAAAUUAGAUUUAGAUGAAGACAGGAUCCAGAUCUGGUUCCAGAACCGCAGAGCAAAACUGAAAAGAUCCCACAGAGAAUCACAGUUUCUAAUGGUGAAAAAUACUUUUUCUCAAACAAUUAUAAAAUGAAAAGAAA